CAUUUUUGCUAUAGUACAGUACCAACUAUGCCAAUGCACGCUAUAGCUUAACUUCUGUGCUUUGUCGAGUCUCACGAAUUUCUCACGAGCCGUGAGCACAACGUAUGUGCCGUUCGUGUCUGUCGGACGUGAUCGUUGUCAAGAUUCGUGACGGGGAAUUGUGUUUUUCGAAAUUUGUUUAACACGAUAACACACAAGAACAUUCACGUAAAACACAUCCGCGUAACGAAGAAAAGAAAAAAUAGCGAAUCGAAGGACAAAGCUGUCGGGGAAGCUGUUGGAAAGCUGUCGCGCAAGAACAAAUACAUUACGGUUCGCAUCCUAUUGCAGCUAUCAGGCCAAGUUGAUCGGGUUUAAAGGUAAAACAAAGCAAUAUAUUGAAAAGAUGACUGAAUGCAUUGAACGUUUCCUCAGCCCUUCGGAUUGUUUGUUACUGAAUUCACAAUUAAAGUCCGAUUUAUUAAUUAAAGAAGCAGAUGAAGUUGACAAUAUUGAUUACCGAUUAGAGUGUGCUCGUUUGAAUAGCUUCAAGAACUGGCCAUGUCCAUGGGUAAAACCAGACAAACUUGCAGCAUCUGGAUUUUAUUACACAGGUGAUAGGGACAAAGUAAAAUGUUUUGAAUGUCAAAUAGAAAUAUGCCAAUGGCAAGCGGAUGACAAUCCAAUGGUCGAUCACCAACGGUGGUCUGGAAAAUGUAGAUUUGUACGUAAUAUCCCAUGUGGCAAUGUACCAAUUGGUACAGAUCCCAAUACUGUUCCGGAACCUGUACCUAAGGGAAUAGAUGUAUGCGGACCUUAUGGUGUGGUGUACAUGCCUUUUUCUGGUCCAGAUAAUGACUUACCAGAUGAAAUGACAUUCGACUUUGGAGAGCUUAGUGCAACAAGACCGAAACACCCUGAAUUUGCUAGCUAUGAUGACAGAUUACGUACAUUUGAAACAUGGCCUAGAGCAAUGUCGCAAACUAAAGAAGAACUAGCAACAGCUGGUUUUUAUUACACAGGAAGCGGUGACCAAACAUUGUGUUACCAUUGUGGAGGAGGAUUAAGAGAUUGGGAACCAGAAGAUAAUGUUUGGGAGCAGCAUGCCAAGUGGUUUGAUUACUGCCCUUAUCUGCUCAUGGUCAAAGGAAGGGAUUUUGUAUCACAAGUUACUAGAAGAACAUAUUUCACACCGGAAACUUACAAUCCACCCGAAAAUGCUGAAGUGGUGGUCGAAACAUUAAAUGUGAAGGUUGAUGAAAGUCUUGCUGGUAAUAGCUCUCAAAACUCGAUUACCUCAGACGACACCGGUAUUGAGAGUGCAGGAUCUAGUGCAGGAUCCAGUGCAGGAUCCAGUGCAGGAUCUAUUGCAGAAUCUACUGCGGAAUCAUGCGAGGGCAGCACCGAGGGAGAAUCUACUGUCAAAUGCGAGAAAUCAGUCGAUAAGGAUGCAAGGAUGUGCAAAAUUUGCUACAAUAGAGAAUUACGAAUGUUAUUCAUCCCGUGUGGGCACUUGUUAGCAUGUGCAGAAUGUGCGAAGAAUAUGAAAAUAUGCGGAGUUUGCCGUAAGCCUGUGACCCUUACCGUACCAGCGUAUAUCCCAUAGUGUCUUUAUCCUUGUGAUAAAGUACCUGCGAAGUUCUACCGUAUUUUCUAUUCACCAUCAUUGAAGACUGAUAGCGAUCGGUUGUAAGCAAAACUAAAUGACAUGACUCAUGUAACAUACCGAUCUGCAGGUACAAACUAAAAUCUUGUCGAACGUUAACUUUACAUUUCGAUUUUAUUGGAAGAGAUUAUUUCGCCAUGACACUGAUAUGCUGAAUGUACGUUGUGAUUGUUGUACGAGUAAAUAGAUGUUCCCAUAUUCGAUUGUAUAUAUGGAUAUGUAAUCAGUAUCUCUUCUUGGCAAAAGCUGAAGAAUAAAGAUAUAUGUGUAAUCAGUAUUAUAAAAAUUGUUAGUUGUGUAUGAAGCACACAUACGUAACAUAUCACAAAUUCCAAAGAAUAUUAAAACAUACAUUGUACCUGCAACGGAUCGUUGCUAUUUGAACGUUUUCGAUCUCGUAUUGUUUCUAAAGCAAUGUUUUGCUGAAAGAAAGCAAAGUGGCAUCGAUGAACCAACAAAGAUAAAACCGUGCCAUUGUGCAAGAGUACAAAUAGCAACAUGACAUGAAGUCUAGUCAUUAGUGUUACGUAAUGUUGAAUAAUGAACAUACUUAUUUGAAUUAUAAUUGUGUAUCGAAAGUAAAUUAUGAUUCUAUUUCAAGGGAAGAAAAAUAAAAAGUUUUUCGAUAUAAAAUCUCUACUAAAAGAAGAACAGUAAGAGCCAGACUUGAUACGAAACACGACUAUAUAUCAACAUCUGUGCUCUAGUUCUUACUAUCUGCUUAUUGCUUUCUAUUUGUAUUCUUGCACAAUGCUUUGUCUUUGUUAUUUUAUCCGGUGUCGCUUAUAAAGUUUUUCACAUAAGAUCACUAUUGUAUAAGUAAACCUUAGACUUGAUCAUUUUACAUAAAAUCAAAGUAAAAAAAAAAAAAAAAGUAAAAGAUCGAGUGAUUCAUAAUACGACUGAACAUAAAAUACACUUGAAUGCAAUUGAAUACAUACAAUUGGAUUGAGUUGUAACAGUCAAGAUUCUAAGUUUGUAUCAAACACAAAUACGUUCAGUGGAAUAUAAAACUGCAUUGCAAUUAUUUAAUAUAUCUAAUUUAUCUGGAAAAUACUUUUUUGUAUAUAUUAGGUGCGAUUGAAAGAAAUUGGUGUGUUUAUACGCAGAUAUGUACACUGAUACAGUGAUAUAAGAGUACAAUUUUUCAACAUCAACAAACUAGUACCUUCACAACGUUGAACUAAGUUAUGUAAAUGCAACUUCCACAUUUCAAAGAUGAUUUCACAUUCAAAAAGCGUAAUGUUAUAAUUCUUUUUUUUUCUUAUUUUCUAAUUGAUUUUGACAUACAGCAAUGAUUAUUCUGAUGAAAUUAAAAUUGUAACAUUUUUCUCACAGUGAUUGUACUGAAAAAUUUUAGCGUAAAGGACCAUAAUACACUAUACCAUAAUGAGCUGUAUAAUGAAACAAUAUUACAAUAUUUUAUUUCGCUUUACUUUGCGAAUGUAUAGAAGUUAUCAUCUAGGGAAGUUGGGAUAGAAACGUGCGUUAUAUGUAUAAUAAUCAUCUGAAAAAUAGUUAUAUUAGUGUAAUAAUCAUUCUUUCAGUCUCUUUUGCAUUAACACAAAACAGAGUUUAUGAUGUAUUGUUGUAUUUAACGACGGGAAGAACUGAAAGCGAGUCCUGCAUUUUUUUUGGUAGUAGUUCUUGAUACACUUUCCCAUUAUUAUUGUUCCGUCACACCCCACCCAAAGUUAUUCUGUUCUAUCAAGUACACAAUUCAAUGUAUAUUUUUGUAUGUUAAUUUCUAUACUUUACGCGUGCAUCACACACAAAUGCAUAUUUACGGCAGAAAUAUUUUCGUAUUCGAUGCAAACUUGGAAAUAUAUAAUUCUUUUUAUUUUUAGAUACUGUGCGUUUGUAAAGUGCAUUUGUGUGCGUUUAUAUUUGAAAGCGUGUGUACCCCGGGCAAAAUAACUUUGAUAUAAUGCUGUAUAUAAGACAGUAAUACUUAUAAUUGAUAGCGAUAAUAUAAAAUAAACUUUCUUGAAAGUGUU